UGUUGUCUUUUUUUGUUAAUCGCCCAAAUUUGUUUGAUAAUCCAGCUGUAUAAUAAAACCUUUUCUAAUGAAAAGCUUCGGAGGGAAGAUCGUCAAUAAAUGCCAACAAUUGCAACCAACUUCAGCAUUAACGAGAGCAAUAUUCCCUGCCAAUACCGUCUCUGCCAGUCCUCUUAGCGGAUCCGUUCAAAAUCUCAUAACUAUGAAUUUGGAUCAACAAUCGAGAAACAUGUCUGUUAAAAACACUUCUAUCGAGACAACUACCAUAAUCGAUGUUGCUUCAAGUGCUAAUAAUAAGAAGGAGGGCACUGACGGUAGCCCUAGUACCCAUCAGCGAAAAAAGCCAGUCAAACCGCCUACGCCAGUGUCUUUAACUGAGAACGAGUCUUUAAAACAAAAGGAAAUGAAGCAUUUGGCGCACUUGGAAUUAGAACGAUCACAACGUGAAAAAAAGGAAGAGAAGAAACGUCUCAACGCAGAAAGAAUACGACUGCAAAAGAUUAAGUCAGCCGAAGGAGCAAGAUUUCUAAAGCGAAUUCAAGCUUAUACACAGUUCGAAUAUCCCUCUUACUAUAAAAUCACCUGUAUCAACACUGCAAAAGAUGUUGAGCGCUAUUUAAAGCAUUUGAUGGAGCGCGAGAAAGUGUUUGGCGUUGAUUUAGAAUGGCCACCUAGUUUCAAGAAAGGCGAAAAGGAGAAAAAAACAUCUUUGGUACAAAUAUGCUCUUCCAAGCAUAUCUUGUUGAUUCAGUUAACUAAUAUGAUCAUGAAAGGGGAUGUCAUUUCCGGAAAGGCUGUGGGCUUUCCACCUAUUCUACGACAAUUCUUUCAGGAUAAAAGUAUAUACAAAAGUGGCGUAAAUAUCUACAUGGAUGGCUUGAAACUUUUUCGAGACUUCGGCAUCAAGGCAAAUGGAUUAGUAGAACUCCGAGAUAUGGCAGUACUCACUAAAUCGCCCAAGCUUGAUAUAUGCCAUUUGCGCUCUCUACAGGCACUUACUGGUUUAUUCUUGGAUAAAUAUUUGCCAAAGGGCAGUGUCAGAUUAAGCAAUUGGAGCAACAAACUAAGCACAAGCCAAAUCAAAUAUGCAGCACUGGAUGCUUACGCGUCGUAUAAAUUAUAUCGAGUGUUUGAACAAUCGCUUGAUUCGUCGGCUAAACUUGUUGUUAGAAACAUCGAGGAUGAAGACAUGUCUAAUAAAGUGGGGCCUAGUAAUGCAGCAUCGUCUUCGCUCCCAUCUCCACCUCUUCCUCCUCCUUUAUCUUCAUCAUCAUCAUCAUCCUCUUCUUCACCUUCUUCAGUACCCGCACGCCCGUUUGCGAGGAACAAUAAAUAUGUUGUAAAUAAUAGAAACUCACCAACAGAAACGAUUUCAGUUAUCAAGAAAAAAGUCCAUUGAAAUUGUCGAUUAUUGUAAUAUAUAAUUAACAGUUUUUGAAGAUUAGUUUGCUUUUUUAAUGAAACAGUUCCUAUCAACGAUUGAUAGGCAUUACAAUGUAUAUAUCAUGCUUAAUGUCUAAGGUAGAUUUGUCAACGACAUAGAGGGAUAGAUUGAAAAUGGUAUAAAUUAAAUUUAAGAAUAACUGUGUUGCUCAUUUUCAAAGUGUUUUUUGAAGAAGGAAAACAGUCGAGACACAAUUUUUAUUAGCCUCUAUUCGGUUUCAUUCAUAUAAAUGACAGACAAUUUGGUGCUAUAUUCAUGUAGGUACAUAAUUCUGCCUUCGCUUUUUCCUUCAUUGAAGGCUAAACUUUCGUUUCGGACAGAAUGCGAAGCAAUUUGUCCCAAUAAAUAACCUUAAAACAAAUCAUACUCAGGGCCUAAACUCGUGAAUAUAUGUAUAGCAU